CUGCCCUGCUCACAAACGGAGCGGCAGGCUGUAGAGAAAUGCGGAAGUGUCGUGCGGAUUCCGAGUUAUUGAUUAUCAGAAACGAGAGAUUGGAUGAUUGAUGGAUGGAUUUAAAGAGGACGACACUCCGAGACAUGUUCUCUCACUCCAACAGCGGAAACAGAAGCAACAUGUUCUUCAAGAGCGCUCAGGACAACAUUGAGCUGUGGGACAGACAGAAGGACGAUUACAGCUCUGAACCUUUGCUUCCUUCUACGCCCUCUCACAGGACAUUCGACUACGUCCUGGUGGCUCACAAAGUGGAAGAUGACACAGACCAGAGAGCUCAGAGACAGAGAGCCUUCAUCCAGCAGCUUCAGAAGAAGAACAUGACCGUCACUGAAAUCGCUCACGAUGACAAAGUCUUUUUUGGGAUCCGUGCUCCUCUUGAGACAUUUCAGGACUACCAGUACCUGCUCAAGGUUUCUGACUCCUGUAACUGGUGUGGAGACGUGAAGGGGGCCGUCAACCAGGCAACCAGAAUUCGAAUCGUCAAUUUUAUUCUUCAUCACACCUUCAUCAACACAGGAGAGAACUUUGAGGAACUGUUGAAAAAGGACGUAUUUGAAACCAUGUUCUGUCUCCAUGAGAGGAAGAAGCAGAAACAGCUGCAGGAGAAAUGGGCUCGAUGGUCCGGUCUGUUUGUGGGACAGCCAGUCAGUGAAGUCAAGUCUUACUUUGGAGAGAAGGUGGCGCUGUACUACCUGUGGCUGGGCUGGUACACCAAGCUGCUGGUUCCUGCUGCUGCUCUGGGAGUGGUAGUGUUUCUAUACGGUCUCGCCUUCUUCAACACAAACCCUCUCAUUAAGGAGGUGUGUAAUUCCAGUGUCAUCAUGUGUCCUCGGUGUGAUAAGAGGUGUACAGUGUGGCAGCUGUCAGACACCUGUACCUAUGCUAAGGUCAGCCAUCUGUUUGAUAACGAGGGGACAGUUGCCUUUGCCAUGUUCAUGGCCAUCUGGGCCACUCUGUUCCUGGAGCUGUGGAAGAGACACCGGGCUGGGCAUGUGUGUCAGUGGAAGGUCUAUGACUGGUGUGAGGAGGAGGAGGAGCUGAUUCUGGACAUUGUCAAUGAUCCAAACUGUAAACCUAAACAGUUUAGACACUCUUACCUGCGCAGCACCUUGGUCCUCAUAAUGGUCACACUAAUGAUGUCCCUGAUUAUCGGCCUGGCUCAUGCUCUGGUGGUGUUCCGGGUGGUGGCUGCCCCGUUGUUGUCUGAGGGCAGCUGGGAGUUCAUCAGGGACCACGCUAACACGGUGGCAGUGAUGUUGGGAGCCGUGCUGCACUACGUCACCAUUCAGCUCAUGACCCGGGUUAACAGAUGGGUCUCCCUCAAGCUCUGUGAAAUAGAGAAAUUAAACUCAUUUGCUGCCACAGAGAGGAGCUUCACAGUGAAGAUGUUCACCUUCCAGUUCUUCACUCUGUUCUCCUCACUCUUCUAUGUGGCCUUCUUCCUGGGCAGGAUAAAUGGACACCCAGGAGACUACGUGCGUAUUGCUGGAUGGAGACUGGAGGAGUGCCAUCCCAGUGGCUGUCUGACAGAUCUGUUCAUCCAAAUGGCCAUCAUCAUGUUGCUCAAACAGACCCUCAAUAACAUCGUUGAGUUCACCGGGCCCUGGCUAACGAGCUGCCUGAGCAGAAACACAGUGAAGAAGCUGCAGAGGAAGUGUGGUCACUGCUACAGGAAGGCCUGCAGAGAUGAGCAGGGGAGGGUUGAGCCUUGUGACAUCUGCAAACUCCAGGACUGGCUGCGUAACUACCACCUGGCCAACACUGACGCCUUCAGCCUGUUCAAUGAGUUCCUGGAGAUGGUGGUCCAGUUCAGUUUCACCACCAUAUUUGUGGCAGCGUUCCCCCUGGCUCCCCUGCUGGCUCUCAUCAACAACAUCUUUGAGAUCCGUCUGGACGCCAUCAAAAUGGUUCGCCUGGAACGUCGGCUGGUUCCCCGAAAGACCAACGACAUCGGUGUGUGGACAAAGGUGCUGGAAGCCAUCGGCGUGUUAGCAGUGAUCGCUAACGGUUUGGUCAUCGGAGUGUCUUCAGACUUCAUCCCUCGGCUCGUCUAUCGUUACCGUUACGGCUCCUGUGCUACUGGAAGCACUCAGACUCACUGUAUGCAAGGCUACGUUAAUGACACUCUGUCCAUGGCGUUCGUGUCUCACCCGGCGGUGGCAAAGGACUUCCUCCCGCUUCAGAUGGUCACAGUGGACGGUGUCAACGUGACCCAGUGCAGCUACAGAGACUACAGGAAUAAUGAAGACUACACCUUCACCUCUCAGUUCUGGUGUGUCCUGGCUGUGCGCUUCGCCUUCGUCAUCCUGUUUGAGCAUGUUGUGGUGGUGUGUAAGUUUAUUGCUGCCUGGUUCGUCCCAAACAAUCCCAUUCAUGUGAAGAACGAUCGGCUACACGACAAACUGUCUCGACUCAAAGAGGAGCUACGUGAUAAGAAACGCAGUAAGUCCACAGAUGUCUGACCUCGGAUCUGCUGAUUUGUGCCUGCUGUUUGGAGCAUCGAAGGAAAGGAGAUUCCUGUUUUUAUAACUUGUAUAUUAAAUUUGAUCACCAGACUGUUUGUGCUAAGCGACACUGCAGUGUGCCUGAUAAUACUUUGAUUUCCUCCUGCUGACAUGUACACACAACCAUCACACUUCUCACACUCUAGCUGAUAGGCGUGUGAGUCUUUUUUUUGUUUUGUAAAAGUGUAUGAAAAUAUAUAUUUUUAUUGUUUGAUUUUGUAAGUUAUUUGCUUGAUCCAGAAGCAGGUUUACUGACUGUUUUAAUUAAAGCAACAUUUUAUUACCAAGCUACCUAUUAGAUAAUUUUAAUUGCACGUUUACAAGUCGUACAUACAGUAUGAGGAGUUUUAAAACACCUCAGAGUUUACCCACAUUUACUCAGAUGACGGCACCAAAUCAGUCUGACCAGCAGAUGGGGCCAACGAGUCUGUGAAACAUGUGACCGACAAAAAGCAAAAGACAUCAAGUGAAAGCUCAUCAUGUCAUCAGUACAUUGAGUUUAUUAUAUACCAUGCUGUAUUCAGAAUGUAUUUUUAUACUGUCCAGUAUACACUUAAUACCAGUCCCCUUGCAUGAAGCAGUAUACCGGUCACUCAUUGAAUCAGUCCUCACAUUUAACAUUAUAUCCUGGUACAACUUUCUCACCGAAAAAUGCAAGAAAAAACUUACUAGUAUCAUUAAACAUGUAACAAAAAUCACCGGCACUACCCAGAUCCAACUGUCAGAAGAAAACUUACAGAAACUAUUUUAUUCCCACUGCAAUACGCAUUUUAAACAAGGCUAGAUAAGCAAUGUUUUUUAAAUGCUGUGCAUGUGUUUUUAACUAUUUAUGACCUAAUGUGAGUGUUAGUUUGAAUGUUUGUAUGUUUUCAUGGUGAGCCUCAACAAAAGGUCGUUUUCUGUCACAAUGUGAUAGACAAUAAAGUUUUUUGAAUCUUGAA